AUGGAAGACGGAACGAUUCCUUUACACUUGGAACCUGUGCAGCAGAAUGAGACUAGUGAUAAAAGACUUUGGAUUGGAAAUCUGGACCUUAGAGUUAAUGACGGGCCCAAUGCUGGGCAGCCAAGAGGUUUUGCUUUCGUCACAUAUAAGCUGAAACAAGAUGCUAUAAAUGCUAUGAACUCAUUAAAUGGACAGCUUUUGGGAUCAAAGAGGAUUUGUGUAAAAUUUGCUAAGAGUACUUCUGAGGAUCAGGAUAAACCAAAACCUGAACUCGGUAUAGCAGCAUUAAGUGGAGUUAAGCCAGAACUGAAAUUAAGCAAGAAAACCGCUAUCCAGUCAAUAGAGGCUAAAUUGAAAAUGAUGGAGAAUAUGAAAGCAGGUGAUGAUUUUGUUAUCAACAAGUUGGCAGCUCACGAGACCCCGAUCAUAGCUCAAUAUCAAACUAAACAACACAUACAUAAUAAAACAAUUAGUUCAUUUAAAAGAAGGCAUCCAUAUCACAAAAAGAGA